AUGAAGAUCGUGACGCCUCAUGCAAAAAGCAAACAGAAUUGUUUGCAGUUCCGACCAAUCACUUCUGGCAUUCGCAAUACAUCACCAGCUUGUGCAUUUCAACCGGAGCGAAACCUCGACAUCUUCUUAGUGAUUAUGGACAAAAUUGGAAGCGUACCUGGAGCACCUGUAGAUAUCGAGAAAUUCGCCAACAACCUCAAAAGACGUUUCCAGAAUUAUCAGGACGUGUCAAGCUGCGAUACAAUGGUUCUUAUUGUGAAUUCCAAGCAGGACCGACAGGUAUUCACCGUUGCUGGGCGGGACGCUCGCAUUUCCAAAGACACCCUCAAGAAUGCGUUUGAGCGAAACGUUGGGCACUUCAAAAGCGGCAAUUAUGCCAUGGGUCUGGAGGGAAUGAUAGAAAUGGUGGUGGCUGCCUACACGAAUGCUCAUAUUGUUCAGGUGCCGAGCCCUGGUUCAACUAAUCCAGUGUAA